GAUGGGGGAAGAAGCCAAACUUCAAAUUAUUCAUAAUGAGGAGGAGGAAGUGCAAGAAAGUAAGCAUAAUAAUGGGAUAUGUAGUUCUAUUUGUGCUCCAGUUAACUGGUUCAGAAUGCUUGCUAAGGAAUUGCAUUGGAGUUUUGUGUUUGGUGUGGUAAUUGUAUAUGGUAUAAGCCAAGGACUUGGUGGAGCUUUUUCCCUCAUAAGCACAGAGUACUAUAUGAAGGAUGUACAAAAAGUUCAGCCUUCUGAAUCUCAGGUUUAUUCAGGAAUAACUUCAAUCCCUUGGAUUGUCAAACCUCUAUGGGGUCUUCUCACUGAUGCUGUUCCCAUUUUGGGGUAUCGUCGCAGACCUUAUUUCUUGUUUGCGGGCUCUCUUGGAAUUGUCUCCAUGCUGUUCUUAUCGUUGCACAAGAACUUGCAUAUUGUGCUUGCACUGCUCUCCUUGACAGCAGGAAGUGCUGCGGUUGCUAUUGCUGACGUGACUGUUGAUGCAUGUGUGGCGCAAAAUAGCGGUUCUCAUCCUUCCCUUGCAGCUGAUAUGCAAAGCUUAUGUGCCUUGAGUUCCUCAAUUGGGGCACUAGUGGGAUUUUCUUUAAGUGGUAUAUUAGUUCACUUACUUGGCCCUAUGGGGGUGUAUGGCUUAUUGUCCAUACCAGCCGGGCUUGUUGUUUUGGUAGGAGUUCUGCUCAAGGAAUCUCAGACAUACGACUUUGCUUAUCAACAGGUACUUACAUCUCAUCUCACUGCUUUUGUGAACAGGUCAGUCUCUAAAAUCUUAAUCCUUCCUCAGGUAAACCAGAACUUAACUGAUGCUGCCAAGGCUAUGUGGAAUACUUUGAAAUGCCCGGAAGUUUGGCGGCCAUGUCUAUAUAUGUACUUGUCCUUUGCGCUGAGUGUAGAUAUCCAGGAAGGAAUGUUUUACUGGGCAACAGAUUCAAAGGGAGGACCACAUUUUUCAAAGGAGAGUAUCGGAUAUAUAUCAGCAAUGGCUUCCAUUGGGGCACUAUUGGGGGCUAUACUAUACCAAUAUGGAUUGAAAGACCAUUCUUUUCAAGACCUGCUCUUUUGGAUUCAGUUACUAUUUGGUCUGUCAGGAAUGCUAGAUUUGGUGCUGGUGUUACGUUUAAAUUUGAAAUUUGGCAUACCCGAUUAUUUCUUCAUGGUGAUAGAUGCAAGUGUAUCUAAAAUGGUUGGACGACUGAAGUGGAUGCCGCUUCUUGUUCUAAGUUCCAAGCUCUGUCCUCCUGGCAUUGAAGGCACUUUUUUCGCCUUGCUCAUGUCCAUUGACAAUUUUGGACUUCUUACAUCAAGAUGGGGAGGUGGAUUGUUGCUUCAUUUCUUCAAAAUUACAAGGACUAAGUUUCAUAAUCUCUGGCUAGCCAUUUUGAUAAGGAACAUUUUGAGAAUUACUCCACUUUUUGUACUAUUUUUGGUUCCCAGAAGUGAUCCUAACUCCUCCAUCCUUCCUGAUGAAAAGUCGGAUUCAAAAGAAAUGACUGAAACCCCAGCAACUCAGAAUGAAAAUAUCGAACUUGUUGCUCUGGUUCACCACAUGGAUAGAUAGUGAAUCAUACAUGUUCUUCAGCUAAUCUUAUAGAAAUAGUUACCGGGUACAAAUUUUAGACCCCGCCCAUCAUAAUUUUUUUGGUUUAGUUUAGAUGGUAAAAGUUGUUGGAUAGAAGGUUCAUUUUUCUCUGUAAUUUUACUAGUUUUUGUCACAUUGACAGCAAGCAUGUGAAAAAGAAAUUACACCGUCUGUAAACUUGCAAGGCACUUGCUUCUUAUGGAUUAUAUAAGAAUAAUGUGAUCCACACACAUUCAGCUUGAUGAUUUUU